GUUAUUGAAAUUUGUUCUUGUUUUGUUUAGAGAGAUGCAAGCCAGCGGGCUGAAAGGACCCAUUCCAUCAUCGAUCUCUGUCUUGGAAAAGUUAACCAAUUUCUUAUGUGCAGGAAGAUUAGUGACAUAAAUGGGACAAAUCAGGCAUUUCCAAAUUUGAGCAGCAUAACAGGUCUCAGGCUGCUAGUCUUGAGGAAUUGUAAUAUUUCUGGAGAAAUCCCUCAAUACAUCUGGGGAAUGAAUGAGCUGGAAACUCUGUAAGUACAGUACACAAAUUAUUUUUCAGAUAAUUCAAGCACAGAAACCUGCUAUUUUUUAAAGGCACUUAGUAACUAUAAUCUAUUUGACAAAAGCAACCAAAAUUCUGCAUUCUGCAAUGUCAAUUUAAUCAAUGAGGAAGAUGUGGAUAGACAAUUAAAAAUCAUUGAGUGUUUUUUUAUGAUUCCAAUAUAUGAUAUACUGAAUUAUUACAAACCCUUUUAAGUUCUGAAAAAAUAAAAUAAAAUUUUCAGGUUGAAUGCUGCCUUUCCUCCUUUUCAAUGAGUGGAGGAGGGAGAUUCAAAUAAGUGUGGUUACCACCAACACUUCUCUGAGAAGAAACAACAACAUUUGCUAGGCAUAAAAUUUCAGAAUUUUACAUAUCAAAUGUUUAAAAAUUCUAUCAAAAUUCUCUCUAAUUUUAAAUGAAAUCCUGCGACAUCAUUUUGUCUUUUGUUGGACUUAAUUAAACCAACCUGCUAUGAUUUUCUCCUAGUAACUAGUUAGCAAUAGGAAUUUAAACAGUUAGAAGCCCAAAAAGUUUAAAACAAAGGUUCUGAAUGUGCAUAUGAAGUUUCAUGCUGUUGAUACAAGCAAAGCAUUUUCAUGUAGUCUUGGACAAAGAAAAGCUGCUGUAACUCUUCAUAGAUGUUGCAUAAUGUCUUAAUUUUGGACAGGGAUCUCAGUUUUAAUAACUUAAGCGGGAAGCUUCCCUCCUCAAUUGACGCAAAAAAUCUGUCCUUUGUGUAAGUUACACAACCAAGAUUCUAGAUUUUUAGUAUGAAAUUAUGUUAUGUCUAGCUCAUUAACUGCUUGAUAUACCCUUCGUCAGCUUCUUAAGUUUCAACUUGCUUAAUGGAGAUAUUCCAAUCAUUGGGAAAGCAAUAGAUGUGUAUGUAUCUUGCCACCGAGAUGCUUAAAUUUUUCUUCUUUUUGUUUGAAGAAUAUAUGUGCUUAAUUGUCUUUUAGAGCAACCAGAUAUUAGUUCAUCAGAUAAAAUCUCUUACCUCCAUGAAAUUCAUACGUUCGUUCAGUUUGUAUGUCAAAACCUUUGCACUUGUUUUUCUUUAAUUCAGGAAUCUUUCUUAUAAUAACUUCACAAGACAAAACCCUUCACAUCCUGUUUGUCGGCAGACAAGGGAUUUGAAUCUAAACUUGUUCCGAAGUUCAUCAAUGAGGAAGGACUUACAUGGGGCAUGCAUGGAAGAUUUCAGAUGUGAUCGCUAUUGGCACAAUUUAUAUAUAAACUGUGGUGGAUAUAAUGAGAUAAUAAAUGGAAGCACAUAUGAAGGAGAUGCACAAAAAGCUGGUAGUGCUGCAGGAUUUUAUGAAAUAAGCAAUAACUGGGUAUUCAGUAGCGCUGGAGAUUUUAGUGGUGACAGAGAUAAUAGAAACUUGGACUCCAACAUUAUAAGUUUGUCAUCAUCAAAACUUGAUGGGUUGUAUCGAACAGCUCGCUUAUCUCCUCUUUCUCUUACUUACUAUCAAUAUUGUUUAAAGAAUGGAAGUUACAGUGUCAGUCUACACUUUUCUGAGAUCCAAUUCACAAGUGACGAACUAUAUUACAGUCUUGGGCAUCGUGUCUUUCAUAUCUAUAUUCAGGAUAUUUUAAUGGAGAAAGAUUUCAAUAUUAAAAGUGAAGCCUCUGCUGUUCUUACGCCAAUAACAAAAAAGUAUGAUGUUAAUGUUUCAAAUGGUAUUUUGGAGAUCCGCUUCUAUUGGGCUGGCAAAGGUACCACCCGGAUUCCAAAUAUUGGAAACUAUGGCCCCCUAAUAUCAGCUAUCUCAGUGAAUCCCAACUUCAACCCUCAAUCUGGAGGCAGAAAAGUUGCACCUAUUGUCAUCGGAGUGACAGGAUCAUUUCUGAUAUUGUUAGCACUGGGUAUCCUUUGGCACAGACGCUAUUCAAAAGCAAAGAGUAAGAGGCAGAAAGACCAUGAAGGACUGGAAAUUCAAACAACUUCCUUUACCUUGAAGCAAAUUAAAGCUGCAACUAACAAUUUUGAAAAUGCAAACAAAAUUGGAGAAGGUGGAUUUGGACCUGUUUACAAGGGUUUGUUAGCCGAUGGUACUGUGAUUGCUGUCAAGCAGCUGUCAACUAAAUCGAGUCAGGGAAAUCGAGAGUUCUUGAAUGAGAUAGGAAUGAUUGCAUGUUUGCGACAUCCAAAUCUUGUGAAACUUCAUGGUUGUUGUAUAGAAGGAGAUCAACUAAUGCUAGUAUACGAAUACAUGGAAAAUAACAGCCUUGCUCGUGCUUUGUUUGGCCACCCAGAACACAACCAAUUGCUUUUGGACUGGCAAACAAGGCAGAAGAUCUGUGUUGGGAUAGCUAGAGGUUUAGCUUUUCUGCAUGAUGAAUCAAGAUUCAGAAUUGUUCAUAGAGACAUAAAAGGCACCAACAUUCUCCUUGAUAAGGAUCUAAACCCUAAAAUAUCUGAUUUUGGGUUGGCUAAACUUGAUGAAGAAGACAAGACCCACAUCAGCACUAGAAUUGCUGGAACCAUAGGAUAUAUAGCACCAGAAUAUGCAUUAUGGGGUUACUUGACCCAUAAAGCAGAUGUUUACAGUUUUGGCAUUGUGGCAUUGGAAAUUGUUACUGGGAAGAAUAAUAUGAGUCAUGGGCCAGAGAACAAGUUUGCUUGUCUUCUAGAUUGGGCCUGCCAGUUACAGCAUAAUGGGAAACUAGUAGAGCUGGUAGAUGAGAAGCUGGGAUCUGAAUUCAACGAGGUAGAAGCAGAAAGGAUGAUUAAAGUGGCUCUCUUAUGCACAAAUGCUACGCCUUCUUUAAGACCAACCAUGUCUGAAGUGGCAAGUAUGCUAGAAGGAAUUAGCAUCAUACCUGAUGUGAUCCCUGAAGAAAGUGGUUCUAGUGAAGAUUUGAGGUUUAAAAUCAUCAAAGAUCAUCUUAGACCAAAGACAAGCAGCAGUUUUGGAGGAAAUCAAGACAAUUACACAAAAAAAUCAAUCAGGUCUUGGCAUGCUUCUUCCUCUACUUCCAACAGUGAUCUAUAUAAGGUUUCCUCGACCUCAUCUAUGGAUCUUUAUGAUGUCUAUUCAAAUUCCCACUGAUCAUGCAAAAUGUUAAUUUUCUUUUCUUAAAAGAAAAAAGAAGAUAUUCACUCUUUUUCUACCA